AUGAUGCGAAAAAUUCUUUGCUGCUCCAACGUCCUUCCCAAGGAAAAGGAGGCGGAUGCGGACGCGAAGGCGAAAGAGACGACUGAGGACACCAAGCAAGCGCCGAUCGAACUGAUCCAGUUGCCUCCUCCCGCCAAGUUGUCCGGCGGCAACUACAACUUUGAAUCAUGGCUCGCUAGAAACAGUACCGGCUCCAUCGCAUCAUCUUCUCGCUCGAAUGUGCGAUCGCCAGAGUCGGACUUCAUCCCAGAUCCCACUUCGGUCGAGUACGUAUCGGACCCCGAGGACGGGACCCAGGAAGUGGUCAAGGCAAGCAAUUGGAGACGCAUCAGCCGAAGCUUCUCCCAUGAUGGUAGUAAGAGAUCUUCAAGCCCCGAUGAUGAGAGACGCUUCUCAAUUCCCUCCGUCAACCGUCCCUCUUCCACCCCACGCUCUGGCGACCAGACGGAUGAUGAGAAGCCUCCAUUCGACCAGGCCGCUUACUUUCAGGCCGUGAAGUCAAACAACAAGAAGCGGCUCCAGGCGGAAGUUGACAGUGAACACAGUUCUCGCUCAGUCUCCACGCGCGCAAGUAACAGAUUUCGCGAGCUGGAGACGGUCGAGGAAGACCCCAGUGAUCACCGAGGCGAGCUUCCAGGCGGGCCGCGAGACCGGAUAGAGACUGCCAUGUCCACUGGAAUCUCUGCGCUCAAGAUCCCCCGUCAACCAACCCGACCCCCCGCAGCUAAGCUCUCGAACCAAGGUCUCAAGGUUGAUCCUACCGACCUCACCUUAAGAGACCGUCGCCGCAGCAGUUGCCCCAAGAUGGAAACCGGACCCAAAGUAAUGGCAUCACAACUCGUUCUUCGCGAGCGAGGAUCUUUACCCCUUAUGCCUCCAGCUCCCGUACUGGUUGCUCGGCAGGGCUCUAGUGAGCAGGAUGACGAGUCGUUCAAGACCUGGCGUCUCUCUCAAAGCAUUCCACAGGGCGAUAGCCAAGCGACUCUUACAACUCGGACUCGGGACGCUCUGGGCGCGAAAGAUUCAAGCCUUAUUAUCGUCGACACUGAGCACCGCACUGAGCCUCAGCAGAAGUCUAGCAAUGCUGAUACCGACCUCGUUCGCGACGAUGAGCAACCCGAGACCAAGACCAUUUCCGAAGCCACUAGCGCUCCUGUUCGGCCUCGCACCGCAGACUCUGCCCAGUCUCCAGAUGGCAGCGGUUGGGAGACCUGGCUGCUCGCCGAGAAGCUCACAGCCCAAGAUGAUUCCGCCAUCGUUCAGCCAGCGUCCAAGACUAAUGACAAGUGCACGCCUGUUAACGCUGGUGGUGGUCCCACAGAGACCUCUGACAGCAAGGCUGACGCGGUCUACCUGCCAACGAGCCCAACGAGCCCCUGCGUCUUGGAGGAUUCUAUCAACUCGAAGGCAAUGCCUCUCGCUGAGCGAAACGGAUCCUCUACCAGCGCUCACAAGGUUCUAUCGCCAACGCUUGACAUGGAGGACAAGGUUGCCUCAGACGUCACAGACCCGCAGUAUCCUUCUUCUUCCGUAUACUCCUCGACGCAGAACACGCGUCACGUCUCGCCCAUGGGCACAAAGGAAACGAGCAAAGACGAAGACGCCGCCAGUCUCGCUGAGAGUCUCAUCGAUCUCAACUUUGCUCAGUUCGAGACGCUUAACGGUCUUAAAGAGCAGAGAUCAGACGAGAGCUAUCGCACCGCUCCCGAUCGAAACCAUGAUCCAGUGGUCCCGUCCCUCGUGUUGCCCACUGACGAUGUUCCUCACGGUGACGUAUCUGUCACUUCAGACGGAUGUCAUCACAAGGUUCAGACGACAACGAGUCUUUUCGGACUAGAGUCUCAUGGACCGCUCUCGCCGUCGCCAGGCAGUGAUCAGGAGAAAUUGAAUGUCACUGAGAACAGUACUCGGAACGACGCACCUACUCGCAAGUCCUCCUUUCUCCAAGUCCUGGGUCUUGGCAAAGGAAGUGGCUCAAAAGGCCACGGCAAGUCGCACAGUCAACCUCCUGCUGAUCUCCAUCAGCUAGAGACUUCGUCAACAUCACAUGAAGCCUCUAAGCCCAAGAGACAUGCCAAGACACUGUCGAACCUCAGUACCAGAUCUCAUAUGCACCCGCUUUCAUCCGCUGACGAGUUCACCGCCCCCAAGUUGAUCGAGAGUGCGACGACCGUCUGGAAGCGAGCCAUCCAAGUCGAGCAUGACCAGCGCGAGGCCAAGUCCAACGCAGACCUAAAAAAGACUACAACCACGCCGCGCAUCAGUGACUAUGUCCGCCACGUUGCGGACAGCGAUACAUUCGUCUCAAACAAGGAGCCGAAGGUUGACAACCCGACACCCUCUAUGCAGCUUAGCCAAUCGGUCACACCUCAGCAGAUGCUUCAGCCACGUUCUAGAAAACCCUCAACUGUUAUUGUGACACAGAAGGCGGAUAACCACGAAGCUGCCCCUGGCACCGAUUAG